AUGACAUCCAGGGAAAUCAUCCAGUCAGAACAAUUUUUGAUGCGAGAUGCCAUAAUUUUGGCCAUGAAUCCGGGUGAUGCAGUGUCUCUGAUGGACAUUGCAGAUAAACUUGGGACUGUGGGUCAUGUCUACUUUCUUCCCGCCAGAUCUCCGUUUUUCAACACAAGCAUAAUCAAUGAAGGUGUGCAAAAUUUGGGAUCUCACACCUAUCAAUCCCUUUUUGUUUUAUACCCUAUGUUCAAUUCGACGGUAAGACCUUAUAAUACAACAACUCACGAACCAGAAAAAAGUGAUUACGUCAGCAAAUCAUUGUACGAUGCUGCUUCCUGUAUAUUUCAAGGAAUGUACAACAACUACAUGAAUAUUUCUGUACGGAAUCAAAGAAGUGUAUUGGAUUUAGUAGGGACACAGUUUACAAAUGGUAAUGAAACAUUUACUUAUUCUGCGACAGGAGAACGUUAUUUUCACUUUGGCUUACUAGACAUCGAGGAGAAUCUUGGGAGAUUGACAUUCAGCAGGGUAGUAUACAAACAGAAUAGAAAUGGAGGCUGGAUACAAGGGAUCGUUAGCGACAUUGACUGGGCGGACGACAAAGCGGUACAGCCAGACCCGUGCUUCAUGCGCCAUGACUGUACCCCAACAGAUGAAAUUAACCUAGGCGUUGCCGUGGCUGUCCCGCUUACCUUACUAAUUAUUAUAGGAGUAGGAUCCUUUAUACUCAUAGUGCUUUGGAAAAAGCGGAGAAAGAUCAGUAUGACAAAGGGGCCUAAUAAAAUUCUCUUAGAAACGGAAGAUUUGACCUAUCUACAUAAAAAGGAGGCAAAAUCUGUCAAAAUUAACAGCGGUCCAUUCCUUGACAAACCUGACCUAGUGAAAACCUCUGAGAAAUCAAAUCGCUCAUUGGCCAGUCUUCACGAGUUUUCAGAGUUCUCAGAAAUAGCAAAGUACAAGGGGGAUGUAGUCUUUGUGAAGGAGAUCAAAGUAAAGGGAUUUGAAAUAAAAGGCAAACUGUUGUCAUACAUACGCACGUUGCGAGACAUACGCCACGAGAACGUGAAUCCGCUAUAUGGCUUCCUCAUUGAUCCUUUGAGACCAGCUCUUGUCUCCGAGUACUGCAGCCGCGGGAGUCUUUGGGAUGUCCUGAAGAACGAAAAUAUCAAGCUAGACUGGGACUUCAAGGUGUCUUUAUUAUCAGACGCGGUCAGGGGACUAAGAUUCAUCCAAAACUCCACCAUUCGGUACCAUGGAAAUUUGAAGUCCCGGAACUGUGUCAUUGAUAGUCGUUGGGUGUUGAAGCUAUCGGAUUUUGGAAUGCCAGGGUUUAGAGAAUGUGCCAAAAUGACAGCCAACUACGAUGUAGAACAGUUGCUCUGGACGGCUCCAGAACAUUUACGGGACCCAUUUCCAGGAAUGAAAGGUUCUGAGAAGGGCGAUAUUUAUAGCCUUUCUAUUAUAACACAGGAAGUAAUAUUAAGACAGGAACCAUAUGCAAUGCUGGAAUAUAAAACAAAAGAACUAAUACAAAGACUAAGGAAUCCUCCACCCCUUACCCGUCCAAAAGUUUCCCCACAAGCAGCGCAGCCACAAUAUAUCAUGUUAAUGAAACAGUGUUGGUCAGAAAACCCCGACCUCAGGCCCUCAAUAGAGGACAUCUACCAACAGUACAAAUCGAUUAGUGGGGGAAAAAAAACAAACAUUGUCGACUCUAUGUUUCGGAUGUUGGAAAAGUAUUCAAAUGAUUUGGAGGAUAUAGUGAAAGAACGAACAAUCCAAUUAGAGGAGGAAAAGAAAAAGACUGACCUCCUUCUUUUUAGAAUGUUACCUCCGACUGUGGCUGAAAAACUCAAGUUAGGGCGGCCUAUAGAGGCAGAGGAAUUUGCCGAGGUGACAAUUUACUUCAGCGACAUCGUUGGAUUUACAACGAUAUCAGCAAGAAGUACACCAAUGCAAGUCGUAGACCUUUUAAAUGAUCUCUACACGAUGUUCGAUGGGACCAUAGACAAUUAUGAUGUCUACAAGGUGGAAACCAUUGGAGACGCCUACAUGGUUGUGAGUGGUAUUCCAGUGCCAAAUGGAAAUCGUCAUGCCGGUGAAAUCGGUACAAUGGCGCUCGAUCUUCUCAGUCAGUGCGGGACUUUCACUAUACGUCACAUGCCGGAAGUUCCUUUACGGCUACGCAUUGGCCUUCAUUCUGGUACAUGUGUAGCAGGAGUUGUCGGACUCACUAUGCCAAGAUACUGUCUCUUUGGAGACACGGUUAAUACGGCUUCCAGAAUGGAAUCUACGGGUGCUGCAUUUAGGAUACAUAUCAGUCAGGCGACAAAACUUGUUCUAGAUGGACUUGGAGGAUAUAUCAUAGAAUACAGAGGAGAAGUGGAAUUAAAGGGCAAAGGAAUGGCCAAGACGUACUGGUUGAUCGGAAAAGAUGGGUUUAUUAAACCUCUUCCGGAGCCACCGCCAUUAAAUGAUGGAUGUAAUCACGGACUAGAUUCGAUUCUAAAUCCUGUUGCAUCCUCGACGGCGGACCUAAAAGAAAGCACUGCUUCAAGCGAAAGUGAUGGUCUUAAAAGUAUAUCUCCCUCAAAAGUUUCUCACAAAGAACGCAAUAGUUCAGCAACGAAGGAAAAGUCCAGCAAACCAAAAGGGCCUUCUCAUAAAGGAAAACCUCUGAAUGAUAAUUUCUCAAACAUUAACGAGGUUUCUCAUAAUAAACAAGAAGACCAUUCUGAUAUCUCUCAUUCGCUGGAUAACAAGCCACUCGGAAAUUCAGUCAAUCAUAGCAAUUCUCUUUCUUCAUUCAAGAAAGAUAAUAUGCAUGAUCAUAAGAAAAGUAGCAAUUAUCGUAUGAGUAAGUAUUCAAAUGCGAUGGCGGAUAAGAUCAAUACGGAACCCAGUGCGGUGUCUACAUCAGAACUUCAUAUGACUGUCCUCUCAAAGCAUGACGACAAAGUAACAAAAAAGUUAUCCCCAGUCGCAGAAGUCUAGAGGAUCGAGUCCAGUUUGAUAACUAUUGAUGGGAAAUAUAAAUGAUCUCAAAACUCGUAUGAGAGGUAUUUGAUUAAUGAUGCUUGUAAACUUAAUCGACUCUGAAUAGCAUUAAUUUAUUGUCUUAUUGACCUCCUUUGUAUACACCUUUUUUACGGGCUUAUAUAUGUAUAUGAUAUAUUUUGGUGCCUGGUUAAGUGUUUUAAUUUGUCUGCUUAAAAGUUCUUUGUAACCAAGGAUUUAGGAGGAAAAGCUCUUUGCAUUGAAUUUAGUUAAAGUUUGACAUGAAAAUUAUUACUUGUAAUUGAGCAGAGAAAAAGUGAAAGAAAACCUGACAAUUUCUGAAAGAAAGUUUAUGUAGCAAUUUCAAAAAAUGCUCUUUUACUCUUGUAUCUGUCCUUCACAUUGAAUUUUAUUUACGAGGAGCACACGGCGGAUGUGACCAGUCGGCAGGUGAUGCUCACUCCUCCAUGGCAUCUGAUCUCACCUCUAAUGUUUUGGAGAUCUUUGUUUGCUCUGCUCCUAUUUCAUAUUGUUUUAUGGACCUUUGAUCUUGAAUACUGUUCGUAAUUUCCCAUUGUUUCAUUUAAUAAAAUACACUGCAAAAGAUCGGAUGAUUUUGAAUAGAAACAGUUGACUUAAUAUACUUGUUUAUUUCCGAGGGUUGUCCAGUAAAAAUCGUGGGUAAAAUGUUUAACGUGAACAUUAAUCAACGCUGCCUUUUACGAUUUUUCUGAAUCUUUAGUUCAUUUUUAUCAAAAACAUAGCAAAUUUCAAAAGCUGCUAAAAACUGGGUAUACCCAGUUUAAAUUAUGGGAAUUCUAAUGAAGCAACAGAUUCUCCCUUUUAAUGAUUUAAAAGACAACCUUUUCUCAACAGUCUGCAGAAAGAAUCUUUCGUUACUGCUUGUGGCAGAUUGUCUGUAUGUUCCACUU